AUUGCUCAGUCUUAGAGCAGCUCAGUCUGUACAAGGGGAACGCAGGGUGACACAGGGAGCUACUCUUCUGGGUCGAUAUGUCCUCCAUGUUGGAUAUCCACACACUCUACCAGAAUUUACACAACCUGAGCCUUUCUGAAGAGUUUGAUACUCCUAAAGAGAGAAGCUUUCAAGGACCCCAGCGGAGACAUUCCUGUGCCCCCGACCUCCAUGAUGAGAAACGUUGGACCAUUCCUGAUCCUUGGAUCGUUGAAACGUCACGGUCACCCUUCAGAUCUGAUCGUUCUGUGAGCUUAAUUGAGGGGUCCCGGUCUGCACUUCCUCCUCCUCCACCAGGAUUUCCACCACUGAAUAAUGCACUGACUUCACUUCCAGCCCCCUCCCCACGCUACAAAACUGAGUUAUGUCGCACUUUCUCUGAAACAGGAACCUGUAAAUAUGGUUCCAAGUGCCAGUUUGCCCAUGGUAUCAUAGAACUGCGAGAGCCAAACCGUCACCCUAAAUAUAAGACUGAGCUUUGCCACAAAUAUUACUUGUAUGGAGAUUGCCCAUAUGGGUCCCGCUGCAACUUCAUUCAUCAUCCCAGUGAACACGGAGCUCCUCAACAAGUUUUACGUCAGAGCCUCAGCUAUUCCGGUGUGCCAACCAGAAGGCGCUCCCCAACUCCACCAGGUUUCCCGGACCCAGCCUCUUUCACCAGAGCUCCCUCUGUCUCCCCUCCUCCUUCUGAAAUGUUCUUCUCUCCUGCACCGUCUGAGGCCAGAAGCCAUGUUUCUUCCUUGAAAUCCUCUGAGCCUUGUUCCAGAUGCUGCUCGUGCCGUUGUUCCCGUGCUGGGAACGUUACUCAGGACCCAUUUUCUCACUCUAUUCUCUUCCGUUCCCCAUCCUCAAGCUCACUGCCAGAGACAGAAUGUUACAGCAGUGGCUCCGAGUCACCAGUCUUUGAGAUGAAAUGCCAGGUGCCCCCACCCACCAGCAAAAGAUUGCCCAUAUUCAAUCGCCUAUCAGUGUCCGACUGAGGAGUGGUCUCUGCCAAGCUGUCCAUUUAAUGUGGGGAAAGCCGUGGAGGCCAAAAUGCUGUGCCAUGCUUCUGCCAAAACAGCAGGCCCCUCCAGGCCACCUCCAACCCUUCUUGUGUAACCUUCCUGCCUGUUACUAGACAAGUACAAUGGCACUCGUUCCAUCACCAAUAUGGGGGCAUUGACCUCAGGGAUCAGAGUGCCUUGUUCUUCUCAGGACUUUAAAAGGAAUUUGGAAGAAGUGGAAACCCACCAGCAUUAGUUCUCCCUGACCUUUCUUCAGUAUAACUGUAGCAGCCAUGGACAACAUCCAUUUACCACCACAAGGUCUCCAGGCUGAAUAGGCUAUUGUGUAAAGGUCUCUCCUAGUAGGAAAGAUCUUGAAGUAUGUAGCAGAACAAGGUACAGCAUUAAUUUUCUGCCCCUCCAUCCCAUGCUCCAGGGCUGGCUGGUCCAGAUCUGAGUCAUUGGACGUGGUCGGGACAUUUCCCUGCUGUGGACAACCUGAGCUCUUAAUUUUCUAAAUCCCUGAAACUCAAAAACCUCUCAGGGGCACUGCAAUGCAUUAACAAGCCAUUCUCUAAUACAGAGGUACUGUCAUGUAUUAUUCAGCAAUGUACUAAUAUAAAAUUACUGGAAUCGAUUACACAACUGUGCACUAAUACAGAGGCACUACAAGGUAUUACCUAUCCGUACUCUAAUACAGAGUAACUGUAUUGCAACACCAGGCUCAGUGAAUAAUACAUAAACACUUCCUGAUCUGUGUAUAAUACAUAAACACUUCCUGAUCUGUGUGUAAUACAUAAACACUUCCUGAUCUGUGUGUAAUACAUAAACACUUCCUGAUCUGGUUAUAAUACACACGCACUUCCUUGUCUGUUUAUUAUACAGAUAUUCAACCUGCUCUUUGCAUAGUACAUCAAAACCCCUUGUUUUCAGUUUAUUACAUGGGCAUACCCUGCUCUGUGUAUAAUACUGAUACACUCACUAUUUUCGGUGUAAUACGUAUACAGCCCCUGUACUCUGUGUAAAAUAAUUUACCCUAGACAUCUUUUGUAAUAUUAUUGCAGUGCUCCCAUGUGAGUUAACACAUUGUGCCUCAUAACUCUGGUGGUCAAUAAGACACACCCUCAGAGCUUACACUCAUCUCAGGCCUGGAUAUUAUAUAGUCCAUAGCAGGGAAUUUAAACCCAAAAAUAUGAAACUGAUUGCCACCUUGAUUCGUAUAAUCACAGUGUGUAUCUCUAUGUAUAAAUCUAUUUAAGUUGUAUUUAUUUACCAAAUGAAUUUUAUAUAUAUUUAUCUUUUUGUAUUAUUUUGAAAAUAAUAUAUAUUUGUUGUUAUUUGAGCUAAAUUUGUAAUCAGCA